UAACUCAUGCAUGAGCGCCCUUUGUGAGUGCUCUAGCAGAGCCAAAACUUCAUUAACCAAUCCUUCAACAAAACAGAGUUUUGUUCCUCACACGCCAUAGCCAGCUUCAAGCAUAACAUACCCAAAUUUAUCCUCUUCAAAUCAAAGAGACCAACUAAUUUUUGAACACAAAUACUGUCCUUUCUUGACAAAGACAUGGCCGUAGCAGAUGAAAGUUCUGUGACUAUACCAACACAACAACUUCAAAGGGUUGCUUCAGCUCAGUUUAGAACGCCUAACCUUAAUCUUAUAGAUCCCACACAAGAAAGAAGAGACAAAUACACAAGGUUUUGUGUUCCUCUUCACAAGGCAGCACUGAAAGGUGAUUGGAAAGCGGCAAAGCAUAUCUUAGAUCAAGACCGGGGUCUAGCUCGCGCCGCCAUAACCAAGGGGUGGUCGACGGUUCUCCACGUGGCUGCCGAAGCGAACCAUGUUCACUUCGUGGAAGAGCUGGUGAAGGAAAUGGAUCGAGAAGACUUAGAAUUGCAAGAUCAGAAAGGGAACACUGCAUUCAGCUUUGCUGCAGCAGCUGGAAAUAUGCAGAUUGUUGAGAUCAUGAAGGAAAAAAACAACAGUUUGCCAUGGAUAAGGGGUGGUGCAGGAGUCACUCCUCUUCACAUGGCUGCUUUACAAGGACAAAGUGACAUGGCUUGGCAUUUGUACGCUGAAACUAUUCAGGUUUUUGAAGAUGUUGAUCGGAUAGUACUGCUCUUCUACUGUGUCUACAGUGGAAUAUACGAUUUAGCCUUGAAGUUGCUAGAGACGUAUCCAGAUCUAGCUUUUGAGAGAGAUACGCGAAACAAUGAGACAAUAUUGCAUAUAUUGGCUCGAAAGCCCUUAAGUUCUAUUUGUCAAAGUCAGAGAUAUAGAAAGCGGCUCAUGAAGACUUGUUUGAGGCAAACACAACAACUUCAACUAGUAAAACACUUGUGGAGUAUAUUCCUUGCAAAAGAUGAUGGAAUGAUUAUGGACAACAUAAGAGAACCUGCACAAGUAACGUUUAUUGCUGUAGAAGUUGGGAACUUUGAAUUUCUAGCUGAGCUUAUAAGCACCUAUCCUGAUUUGAUAUGGGAAGUUAAUGGAAGAAAUCAAACCAUAAUUCAUGUUGCAAUUUUGCGUCGUUAUGCUGAUAUCUUUAAUCUCAUUCAUGAUAUUGGCCGGCUCAAAGAUUUCAUAGUAGGUUUUGAGGAUUCUGAAGAAGAAGGAAACUUAUUGCAUAUGGCCGCAAGAUUAGCACCGCAAGAUCGAUUAAACAUAGUUUCUGGAGCCGCUUUCCAAAUGACCUUUGAGUUAUCAUGGUUUGAGGAGGUGAAGAAGAUAGUGCCACCGUCAUUGAUAGAGAUGAAAAAUGUAGAUGGCUUGACUCCUCGCCAACUAUUCACAGAGGAGCACAAAGACUUGCUAAAAGAAGCAGAAUCAUGGAUGAAGAAAACAGCAAAAUCCUCCAUGCUUGUUUCCACUCUCAUUACUACUGGAGUGUUUACAGCUGUGUUCAGCAUACCAGGUGGUAUUGAUGACAAAUCAGGAAACCCUAAUUACUUGGGGAAACCAUCAUUCCUGAUAUUUGCCAUAUCUGAUGCGAUUGCAAUGAUCUCAUCGUCAACUUCCAUACUGAUUUUCUUGUCCAUCCUCAUCUCACGUUAUGCAGAAGAUGAUUUUCACAAGUCAUUACCCUUGAAGCUCAUAUCUGGUUUGGUUGCUUUGUUCAUCUCCAUAAUAAGUAUGAUGAUAGCAUUUAGUAGUGCCUUUUUCAUCAUGUUUUGUCAUGGUUCAAAGUGGGUUCCUAACUUUAUUUCCGCACUUGCUUUUAUACCUAUACCCUUGUUUGUGUUUCUGCUAUUCCCACUUUGGUCUGAUAUACUUUAUUGGACCUACUUUUGUAGGAAUAUUUUUCGACCUAGUAAACAUAUGCUUUACUAGGAAGAUAAGUGGACGUCAUUUCCGAGUGGUGUAUCUCUCUUCUAGUAGUUAAUCACUGUGCUUUUGUAGUAUGAGUUUGAGAAUUAAUAAGGAAAUUUCCUUUUCAAUGUGGUAGUGUUAAUUCAUCUCUAAAUUUUCAUUGAUUUAUAAUUCAUAUUUUAUUUUAUACUCUGUCAAUGCUAUAUCAUUUGUAUAUUUAUCACGUAGCCAUCACGUACCAUUUGUAGAAGAACAUAUGCUUAAGAGUUUGUAUAUAAUACCCAUUUUGAUAUUCAAUGUAAGGGCUAUUUGAAGGAUUCAUUUUAA